AUGGAAGAGUACGACCGCAAUGCGCCACUAUUUGACCGUCGUUUCCACGUAUUAGUGCAGUAUCCCGACCGCGAUGAAAAGCUUCUACCACUCACUAUUCGUUUGCUGACCGGUACUCGCCAAAAUAAUACCAAAAAUCAAAAAGUGCGCGUCAUCCGUGUCGAAAUUACCGAUGACGACGGCAGUGACCCGUACUUUUUAUACAUCUGGAGCGUCUCGGAGGAAGAAUUUCACCAAGUUAAAGCACAGGAGCGACUUCUUGUGGAUUUUGCGACAUUUCCAGCCAAUUUCAUUGAGUUGCUGCAAUGUUGCUUGAAACAUAGCAACAACACUAGUGCAACUGAAGACAAGAAACAGGUGGAAUUGGAAGAAGUGGAGGAAGAAACAGCUGUUUCUGUCAAGAAAGGAGCCAAGGAGAGUCUUAAGCAGCCGAAAACAAGGUCGACUGGACCUCUUCCAUUGAGUUAUUUAGCAGUCUUAAACACAUUGGAUUGUAAUGGACAAUCGGUGUUUAGUAUUGUGGAGACGAAUUUAUUCAAGCAAUUGACACAUUUGUCACUGAGGUUUUUACCGGGUGAUGAUACUACGACGAAAGCAUAUCUUGCAGCGCGGUUGGCGCAGGUGGAGGCAACACGACGUUCAUUGUCAACAGCUUUGAAACAGACGAGUGAAGAGCUACAUGUUACACAGACGAGUGAAGCAAAAUUGCAGCAUCAAUUGUCGGCGAUGGGCUUUGAAGCAGAGUCGACGCUUUCACAGGAGAAAAUGAAAUUUGCGGAUGCUUUGGAUGCUCAGCGUCGGGAAGCGGCGAGUACAUUGAAAGAGCGUGAAGGUGAGCUAAACGCUAAAAUUGACGCACUCGUGGAGCGGUACGAGAAGGAGCUCCAAGCACUGAAGACAACAGCAGAGGCAAGUGAAGCGCAAGCGCAAGAUUUGACGAAGCAAAAGUAUCAGCACGAAAUGCAGAUUGAUCACCUACGUGCUCAGUCGCAAGACCUCACUCAGAGCAAAAGUGCAUUGUCAGGCGAGGUGGAUGAGCUGCGCACUCAGAACAAAGAACUGGACCAAAAAGUCUUUCAACAGGAAAAGCGGAUCAAUGCUCUUCAGGUACGCGAAGACGCGCUGCAACAGCAGCUUGCAGAUAAGGAGGACGUGAUUAAGAAGACCACAGAUCUCUUGCAUUCGGCAAAGUUACACAAUGAGGAAGUUGAUGAGUCAUUGAAACUGUAUCGCGACAACCAUGCAAGGCUCCAGCAAAAGCUCGAGCUUAGUAUCUCGGAGAUCAACAAGGGAAAUGAGAUCAUCGAACGUAUACAGAACGAAAAUCGUACACUGAAGUCCAAGAUGCGAAUGAAAGCUAAGAUUAUCAAGCAGCAGGAACAGCUUGUCGAGGAAAAACAAUUUCAGCGUGAAGAAGCAUUACUGGAGCUCAAGUCGAUCAAGGACGAUAUCCGCAAGCGAGACGAGCAUGUUUUACAAUUGAAGGUUACAAUCAAGGAACUGAGUCAAAAACUCGAAGAUAGCAACAAGUUACUGGCAUCUAACCAGCAAGUAAUCACAUGGCUGAACAAAGAGAUUAACGAAGCACAGCUUGGCCACCAGCGCAGAUCGACUACCCACCCAUCUGUACUUGCAUUUCAUCCAUCCGACAAGAUGGUCAGUAACUCCUGA